AUUUUUCCUUUUUUUUUCUUUUUUAAUGGAAUGUUAUAAUUCGUAGAUGUACAUGUAUUAUUCAUAAAAAAAAUAUAUAUUUAAAUAUUUUAUUGCUUUACGAAAGAAAAUGGAAUUCCCUUUUUGACACAUAUCAGCUGAUGUAUCGAUACACUUAACCAUUAUAAAAGGCAUAUAGCGUACAUUCGUAUCUUCAUUUUAUGUUUUUCUUUCCAAAAAUACCAUGUAUAUUUUCGCACAUCUUUAAUGCAGGCGAUAUGUACUACAACGCAUAUGCUCUUUCUAUUUUUUCAUGUCAAAAUUUCUCUUUUUAUCGUCUAAUCUUUGGCAAUAACAUGUAACCUAACCUUAUACUAAGCCAUACGAACUUAAAAUUUUUCAGAUAAUUUUUGUUUGUAAAAGCUUAUUGAAAGGUAAUAACGCUAUAAUGGCUUCAUUUGUAUAAAUAUUCCAUAUAAAUAAUGUACUUUCGAUUAACAACUGGUAAAACUCUAACAUGUAUAAAGAAAAGUUUAUCAUAUAGUACCAAUUCUGGUACAUUUCCUUUUCAAUGUAAAAAACUUGAGAGAAGAUGGCACUGUUUGAAACUUCAAAUAUCAAAUUUUCAUACAACUCCAAAACUAAAUUAUCCUGGAUCUUUGCUUUUGUGCUUUGGCUCAAUCUAUUGUGGUCAUUGCGUGAGAAAAUGGUGGUUGAAACAAACUCUGGAGCAACAAUUAAAAUAUAUAGAAUGGUUUAGGCAAAGGAAACGUAUAUUUUAUGGUUCUUUGGGAUUUCUAUCAUUUGUAUUAGUCUUUUAUUGUUUGACACAUUUGGAAAUAGACCCAGUAAAAAAAAAAUCACGUCUGAUUUUAUUUGAUCAAACUCGACAAGUUGAAGAUUCUAAAAUCUUUUAUAAAAUGAUAGUACAGAAUGAAAAGAAUAUUGUACCAUUAAGAGAUCCCAAGUACAAAAUGAUUGCUAGGGCAUUAAAGAAGUUGAUAUACUCUAAUAAAAAUGUAUUUGAAAACACUGAUUGGACUAUUACUAUAAUUCAUCGUAUGUUUAAUAUAGCAUCAUUUCCUAACGUUAUGAUUUUACCAGACAGGAAUAUUAUUGUUCUCGUUGAUAUUUUCAACUUUAUUAAAAGUAGUGAUCAAUUAAUAUUUGUUUUAGCCCAUGAAAUGUCACAUUAUAUGCUUCUUCAUACAUCGGAAAUACCAACUUUUGCAACGAUAUAUACCAUUGCAACUAUUGUAUCAUCAUUUUUAAUUUGGGUAUUUUAUGAAAGAAGAAUAGCAGCCAUUUUUUGUUCAGUAUUGUAUACAAUAUUCGCAGCUAUUUUUUCUGCAUACAAAAGACAGAAAGAAAUUGAAGCUGAUGAUGUCGGACUUGAAUUAGCUGCAAAAAGUUGCAUUGAUGUUAGAGAAGUUUUAAUAUUUUGGGAGAUUAUGAUGAAAUUUGAGGAGCUUUCAGGACAAAACAAAUUUCAAAUACCAUUAUUUAUGGAUCAUCCUACUUUAGAAGAGAGAAAAAGAAGAACCAUUCAAUUAAUGCCUACAAUUUUGGAAUUAAGAAAGCAAGCUAAGUUGGAGCACCAAAAGAAAAUUAUUCUCGGUAUUUUACACAAAAAUUUCCAUACUUAAUUGAGCCUGGUGUCGUGUAUCGGUGUGCGAUUAAAAAUGAUGAGUGUCAAGUAGUCAGACCAGAAAAAAUUGAAAAUGAGGAAGGAUAUGAUACGCGAUAUGAAAUGAAGACGAUUAUACGAAAACAAUACGGUUGGUUUGGAAGUGCCAUUUCUAUAGAUGAACCAAAUGGGAUUCUGACAGUAUGUGCACCACGGACGAUUGUAAUGAUUUCAAAACCAUUCACAGAUAUUAAUUUCGAAACUAUGCAAGGCAUGUGUUACAGUGGAGAAAUUUCUUCAAACGCUCUGUUCAUCGAAAAUAAUCUGAAAUCGUAUACAAAACCAAAUGAGUAACGGCAUAAAAAGGGGAAAGAUAAAUUACAUCGUAGGAAAACCAAAGCACGAAGAUUUCGGAACCGUGGAUAUAAUGUAUUUAAACGAAAUAAUGUCUAUAGAGUUAACGUCACUUUACACUGUAUCUCAGUUUGGUAGUAGUAAUUAACCCAAAAACUAAAUCUCUUACGAAACUGAACGGUACUAACAUCGGUGAAUUUUUUGGAGCCAGUUUAGCUGUAGGGGAUAUAAACAAUGAUGGUUUAGAUGAUCUUCUAAUUGGAGCACCCUAUUGUAGAGAAGAUAAUGGCAGAGUCUACGUAUAUUUUGGUACAUCCGAGGAACGAUUUGAAAUGGCUCAUAUAUUAGACGGGCAUGUACAAGGAGCUCAUUUUGGAUAUGCCAUAGCUAGCGGUGAUUUGGAUGCCGAUGGAUAUGAUGAUAUCAUUGUGGGAUCACCUUGGGAAGAUGAUGGUGUAAUUUAUAUAUUCAACGGUGGUUUAUCAAAUCUGCAAGUGACUGAGCGAAUCGAACCUGCAAAAUUUUUUCGAUAUUCCUCACAAAAAAUACAAAGAUUUGGAUUUUCAAUUUCGAAACCAGUUGAUAUCGAUGCCAAUGGAUAUCUGGAUAUCGCAAUUGGAGCAUAUAAAUCAGGAAAUGCUGUGAUAUUACGUAGUAAGCCAGUAAUAAAAACAGAACUUUUAAUUGAAACUGUACCUAAUACUUUACAAAGAAAUGCUACGCAUUUUUUAGUUAAAAUAUGUCCAUCAUACACUAUACAUAAUAUACUACACAAUGAAGGAGUUAUAAAAUUUAAGAUCACAGUUACUAUAGAUGAACGUUACCAACGAACUAAACAAACAACUUUGGAAUUAAAAUCAUCUAAAUUAAUAUCAAAUAUCUGUCUAUUUGCUCAAGUUAAUAUUUCGAAAAGCAUACGAGAUUUCAUCGAGCCAAUUAGUAUUUUUGCGAAACAUGAUUUUUUAUAUGAUAAUGUAGCGACUGAUUUUUGCAAAUACUGUCCUAUUGAGAAAAGAAACAAUAAACUACAAAUUACACAAACUUUACUUCCUUUCAAUAUCGGUUGUGGAGAGGAUAAAGUUUGUAAUUCUAAUAUAUCCGCCACUGCAAAAUUUCAUAAUGUACAAUUCAACGAUACAUGGGUUAUUGGCUCGAGCGACAUAAGUUUGGAAAUUAGUUUAAAGAACUAUGGAGAACCCGCGUAUCUCGCCAUGCUUGAAUUCACGUUCCCAAAGGGAAUAAUAUUACGUAGCAUUUUACCUUUUUGUCAUGAGGAUAAUUCCAAAGAAAAUUUAAUAGUAAUCUGCGAUACAGGAAAUCCCAUUUGGAACGAAGAAGAGAGAAGUGUUAAAUUAGACUUGGAUAUGAAAUUAAUUAAUGGAUCCUACGAUGAUAAAUUACAUUUUUAUGCAACGAUAAAAACUCGUAGUAUAAAUCAUGGGACAGCAAACAUAAUCAAAAUUCUUAAUUUAGUAAACGAAGUUUCUUUAUUUCUGUAUGGGAAAGCAAACGAAGAAGCUUACUAUUUAACUACUUCAAUCGAAAGUUUUUCAAAUGUUACUUUCCAACACACUUAUGAAGUAUACAAACACGGAGCAUCACCUAUAGAAAGUGCGCAACUCAUUGUUAAAGUGCCAUUAGCUAUUGAAGAUUUAAAAACUUUGAUAUACAUAUACAAACCUCAACUAUAUAUAUCAGGAGAACUUUUUGAAUGUUCUUCAGAAAAUAUUUUACUAGAUAAUCAACUAGAUAUGGUUGAAGAACCAUUUUUAGCUCCAUUUGACAAAAGAAACGUGGAAACUUCGACUUUAUAUUUGCAUGACGUGAAGAACAUUCAAACUUCAGAAAAAGUGAAUAAAAAUUGGAUGAAUGAUAUUACUUAUAUAAAUUGUACAACACCUGAAAUAAAUUGUACAACUUUUGUAUGCAGUUUAAAUACGUUGAAAACAUUACAAGAUGUCGGAAAGUUGGUGAUUAAAUUUCUAUUAGAUAUCGAUAAAUUUAGAGCUCUACAAUGGAAGUUAUAACGACAUUUUAUUACACUUCCAAAACAGAAAAGCUACAGCUAUGGAUUAUUUUUGUUUCUGUUUUAGUCGGAUUGUUAUUAUUAUGCACGAUUGUCACAAUUUUAAAUAUGAUGAUAGAAAAUGGAAAUACGACUGUGAUUAAGUCUGAUACGUGAUAUUUAGUCAGUGAAAGGUAACAUCAAUAUCACAUAUAUAUUUUGUAAAAAGCAAAUUAUAUUAAAUAAAUUUCUAAUGUUUAUUUACAUUAUAUUCAUAUCUUUGAUGAAAAACGCCUAUAUAUGUAUACAAAUAUCUAUUUUUAUUAAUUACAUACUGUGUGUUUGAUCUGAUGUUAUGUUGUAAUCAAAUAGAACACAUAAUGUGAAAAUGUAUCUUAAACAUGUACAUCAAUCAGUAUAGUUAUUUACAUAUCUUUUAAUUAAAGAUGAAAAUAAAUGUAAUAAUUCGCAACAAAACGUUGAUUACACUAUCCAGUGAAUCAAUUUACUAUUAUACGCAAUAAUAAUAGAAAGUUUCUCUUUGCCUUCAUUUUCUUCUUUUUAAACCCUUCUCCGUUCCUCACUUUUCUAAUUUAAUUUAUUCCUCAAUAUUUCUAAUGUCAAAUUGACUUAUUAAUGCUAAAAAAAUUAACCCCACAAUGAAAAAGUUCUUUUAUAGUAAAUAAACGAAAUUUCUAUUCAAUUACCUCUCAGAUAUUCAAUAUCACAUUCAUAUCUUACACAUUUUAUAAGAAAAAUGUGUUGAGGGUUGACGGACAAGGGUUGAACAAUAUUUCUUUUACAUAAAAAAAUCCAAAAAGAUUUACUAAUAAAUAGUACAUAUCAGAAUGGAUAUUUUUCCAAAGAGCUCAUGGUAUUGUUACAAAUAUUCUUGUCAUUUUAAUAAAAUCUGUAUAGAAUGUGGGCAUAAAUUAUUCUCUUGGCAACAUAUUAAUCAAUCUUUUAUAUCAUAAAAAAAUUCUUUCAAACUGCAUGAUAUCGAAUACAUUUUGUUUUUCCAUUCUUUAAUUUCAUUGUCAUGCGUUUCCAUCAGUUUUGUUCGUUGAUAUGAUUUACUAUGUCUUUCAGAAAGACAAAAUGAAGAGGUGGUCACAGCUUCUGUCUGAUCAACAUCAGCACUGCACAAAACUCUUUGUGGGUUUAAUCCGUAAAAUUAAUUGAUACGGUCAGAUCGCCCUUUUUGAUGUUAAUAUAUUAUUGGUUCUUGGCACAAACAUUGUGUGAUUGUGCUGUAGCACAUUUUGUCGCAUAUCGACAACCUUCGACAAGGAAGGGGAUCAAACUUGCUUGUUAGAAUCCCAACUGCUUUAUCAGAACUCUUGUUUUCUGUUCUUUUAUUCAGUGUUCUCCUUGUCAUAUAGGCAAGUCGAUCGUUUCUAGACAAAUUGAAUAGUUUAUAGAUGAGGGCUAAUUUACUUUUGUCUCUUGGAUAUACGUAGCAUAAUAGUAAUAUUUUUCCGUUAAUAUGCGUUCCUUAUGGACGCCAAUAAAUAAUUUAUGCUCACAAACUAUAGCUAAUUUUUGGAUUAUUAACCGAAAUGAUGUAACAAUGAACACGAAUAUUAUUACAAUACAUUCGUAUAUGUAAUUUUUGCGAUUUCUGAAAGUGUAAAGUUAAUGCAGAUUUUCGACGCCCAUUGAAUGAUCCAAAUUUUUCAAUCUGGUUGAUUCGUAUUUUUUUUUUUUUUAUUAUCGACGUUAAAUUCUUUUGCUAAAUAUAUUUUGUUAAAAAUAUCAUAUCACAAUAACAUCAUAUAGUAUCAUCAUAAUAUCAUAUCACAAUAAUAUCAAAUUGAUUAAAAAAAAAAACUUAUUACAAAGAGAAUAGAUUUUUUUUUAUAUUAUGUGACAGAUGUUUUCAUUGUUUUAAAUGUAUAAAAAAUUAUAUAAUACGUUUAUAAUAAAUAUAAACAACAGCAAAAUAUAGAGUGAGCUGUGAUAUGAUCUUUUUAAGAUCGUAUAUUCUUUCACUAUAUCAUAGCUUUAUCGAAUUUAAUGUAAAUUAAUUUAUAUCAAAUACAUAAUGAUGCUCAUUUUAUUCAUCAAUUAAAGAAAGGCACAAAUAUUCUGUCCUCUAACAAUUAUAUAGUGGAGAAUUAUCUAUUUAAGAAUAUUAGAGAACAAACGUACACGCAUUCUAGAAUAGGACAAACAUACACAGAUUAUUCGAAUCAUAAUAUAAAAUGUGCAUCAUUAUGUAUAUAUGAAAUAAUUGAACUAGUAGUUCCAGAAAUCUGAAUAUCACUCGUGUUUUUCUUAAUGAACUUAAUAUUAAUAAUAUUUUGAUGCAAAAGUGAUAAUUAUAUGUUACAAGUAUUUGAACAUGAAGUUUGUAAUAUUGCAUCAUGAUUG